AGAGAGAGAGAGAGAGAGAGAGAGAGAGAGAGGUUGAGCGGCAUCAUAUCAGACGCUGCUUUGCAUCCGAAAAAAUCUCAAUCACCUCGUCAGGAGCCGGCGGAGCCCUCUUCCCGGUCACAGCUCCUCUCAGAGACCGCACGAAGACACACAGGACGCGAGCCGGAGGGUAAAACAGUCCAAUAACAGAAAACAACAGCAAGAGACACCGCACGUACACAACACCGCCAGAGGCAGCGCGCGCGGACCCGCCGUGGUGGAGGAGCGCCGUCUCCCCGCGUGCUAGCACAUCUGGAUCCAGAUCAGACAUAUUCCACAGUGGACCAAUCCUCAGUCAACUUAACUCAACUUCCUCAUCGACGCCAAUAUUCCAGCGGAACAAAGCAAGAAGCAAAAGAUAAGUUCUCGUGCCGAGGGAAGACCGACGAGCGCCGAGGAAGAAUGAGAAGAGGAGCCGGUCGAAUAAGAGAUGGCCUCAGGAGAAGUGAAAACCGGUCUAGCAGCAGGACAAACUCAGCUUGCCAAUUUCCACCGAAAAUAAUACAUGUGGACUUUAUUUAGGCGAUAGAUGCUGUUUACUUACUGCCAGUAAAGUGCCAUAUCCAAGUGAUUCACUCAUUUUUACUCUAAUCAGUCAUUUAACAAUCUGAGAGGAAAACAAAAGUUUGGCCAAAGCUUUCUAAUGACUGCAGGCUACAUGAAUACAUGUUAAAUGGCAGGGAUCUCUGGUCAGAUUCCUCCGUCGGACAUUGUAAUGACGUCCCAAAUGGCCCAGAGAACAGGACAGCUGAGACACAGCAAGGCAGGAAUCUUAUCCACAACCGGCUCCUUCGUCUGCUGCCUCGCUCUGUUGUCGCUGCUCCGACUGCCGGCUGUAAAGGCAGACUGCUGGCUUAUCGAAGGGGAGAAAGGCUUUGUGUGGCUGGCCAUCUGCAGCAUGAACCAGCCGCCCUACGAGGCCAUCCCUUCCCACAUAAAUAGCACGAUUGUGGAUCUGAGGCUGAAUGAGAACAAGAUACGGUCGGUGCAUUAUUCCUCGCUCAGUCGCUUCGGAAACCUCACCUACCUGAACCUCACCAAGAACGAUAUCAGCUAUGUGGAAGACGGAGCGUUCUCGGCACAGUUUAACCUGCAGGUUCUCCAGAUGGGCUUUAACAAAUUGAGAAACCUGACAGAGGGGAUGCUGCGGGGCCUGGGCAAGCUGCAAUAUCUCUACUUGCAAGCUAAUCUCAUCGAGACUGUUACAACCAACACCUUCUGGGAGUGUCCCAAUUUGGAGAAUAUAGAUCUCUCCAUGAACAGGAUCCAGGUUCUGGAUGGCAGUUUGUUCUCUGGACUCUCCAAGCUGACGACCUGUGAACUCUACACCAACCCCUUCAACUGCUCAUGUGAGCUUCUGGGUUUCCUGCGCUGGCUAGCUGUGUUCCCCAACAGAACCAGCGAGCGGAUGGUGUGCGACUCCCCUCAAGGAUUCUCCGGCUACAACCUGCUGAGCCAGAACCCUCGCAUGCCAGCCCAGCGCAAUGCCUUGCACGUGCUUAAUCUGGUGUGCACAGAUGACGGCAGCAGCGUGACACCCUUCUACAUCUUUGACUCCACCACCCAGCUGCCAGACUUCGCCUCCCCCUGCGGACUGGAUGAUUGUGCCUCGGGGACGGCUCCCGACGAAGUGAUAAGCAACAGCCCUAACUUGAUAGACUCCAAGCCUAUCAUGACAAUAAAAAAAGUGGAACAUUCGAGUGCAGUGAUAACAGUUCAGAUUCCCUAUCUGUUUAAGAAAUUGUACAUACUGAUUCUGUACAAUAACAGCUUCUUUACUGAAAUCAAAACUCUGAAUAAAAACAGCGAGGAUAUUGAGCUGAAGAACUUGACACCCAACACGGACUACACUUACUGUGUGGCUUCUACCAGAUACUCCCUGAGGUUCAACCACACAUGUUUGACCUUCUCUACUGGUCGAAGAGCCGGUGCAGAGAGGAUUCGCAAUCAGUCGUCCGCCACACAUUACAUCAUGACUAUACUGGGCUGUCUGUUUGGCAUGCUGCUCUUCCUCGGCCUCGUCGUGCACUGCCUGAGGAAGAAGAGAAUCAUGGAGGAGAAGGAGAGAAAGAUGAGCAGAAUCCAGAGGACGUUGAUAGAGCUGAAGUACGGCGGGGAAGGGGACAUAGAGGGAGGGAGUGGAGGAUCUGUCUCACAAAAGCUUGCUGUGGGCGAAAGCUUGUCCAGAAUGCCCUACCUUCCCCAGGGAGGCGAGAUUGAUCCGUACAAGCUUCAGGAGGUGAUAGAGACUCCAGGACACAAGUCUGCCAAGCUGAACUACAUGGAGGUCAGAGGCUCUGGCAUCGAAAAGGAACGGGAGCGAGAGAGAGAAAGGGAGAUGUUACCACAAGCCAAUUCCCAGGGCUCAGUAGCUGAGAUCUCCACCAUUGCUAAAGAAGUUGACAAAGUUAACCAGAUCAUUAACAACUGCAUAGAUGCUCUCAAAUCCGAGUCCACAUCCUUUCAGCAGGGAAUAAAGUCCCCGACUGCAGGUGGAGGAGCCGUUUCGACAGAGGAGCCACAACUGGUGCUUCUGUCCGAGCAAGGAGAGAGAGGAGGCGAGUUCCUCUCACCCGUCUACAAGGGUGGAAGAGGAGGAAGAGAAGAACGGUCGAGGAGUUACCAUCCAUCUUUGCAACGACAUCACAGCAUGGAAGCUCCUCCGACAACCAAACGGCCUAGCACCUCCUCCUCUCCUGGCUCCGCCCGGAGCCCUCGCUCCUUCCGCUCUGAGGGAGGGUACCACUCGUCAGAGGCCCGCUACAUCGAAAGAGCCUCACCCGGGGAAAGGGGAGGAGACGCCAUCCGCACCGUCAACCCAGCUGCGGCUAUCCUACGGGCCGAGGCCCAGAGGAUCCGUCAGUACAAUGAACACCGCCACUCCUACCCAGGAUCGCAGCAGCAUCUCCAGGAGCUUCAGCAUCAUCCGCAAGUCUUUCAGGAGCUUCACCACCACCCAGGAGGUCGCAAGCCUUCUGUGUUGGAUCCCAUCACCCUCAGCAGGCAAGCAAAGCAGCGGGAGUUAACCUACUCCCAGCUUUCACAAAAUUACCCGCUCUCACCCCAAUACCACAACCUCAGCUACUGCUCCAGUCCUGAGGAAGACGAGGAGGAGGAAGGGCUCCUAUGCACCCCAACCCUAGGGCUUUGGGAGAGGUUCAAAAUGCACCGUAAAAGGCAUCGGCAGGCAUCCUUAGAGGACGAAGGAUAUGUGGCAGCUGGGCAUGCACUGAGACGGAAGGUUCAGUUUGCCAAGGAUGAAGAUCUUCAUGACAUACUUGACUACUGGAAGGGUGUAUCUGCCCAGCAGAAAGCUUGAUCCCAUAUGUGAAGUUGCCAAACACCUUGAACUCAGUAUAACACCCUGCAUCCAUAACACACUGAUACAAAUAUGUGGAUAUUUUCAUCAAAGACUUGUAAAUAUACACAAACAGCUUAUGGGAUUUACAAAAAAUCACUUUGCACAUACAUGUUUACACACACACGCACACACAGGUAGAGACAAAAAACACACACGCACACAUUUUACACAAACUAAGCCUUUUCCUCCCGAAACGGAUGAGGACCAAGCUAAUAUACUUAUUAUCGUGAACAAAAAUAUGAAUAAAUUAUUGAGACUGAGACACUUUUUUGUAAUGUAAUGGAAAUUAUAGCUCAGACUUAUGUAGCUAUUUGUAAGUUUUGAAAGAAGAAACGUAGAAUCAACAUUAAGAAUAGAAAAAUCCCUAAUUGUGGUAGGAAAACCCAUUUUGAACAACCCAGUGAUGCUUUGGAUGCUCCCAACAGACUCAAACUCAACAGAGCCAUAAUUAUUGCUCUCCAAAAACCGAGUCAAACAACCAGAAAAGCAACCAUUCAAAAUGAAUGUACAGUGUUAUUCAGAGGUUUUCAUAUGCUCAUAAAAAAUAACCCAAGUCUUCUAAUUGUUCAUUUGGUAUUUUCUUUUUCAGGGUGGAAUGAUUUUAUAACAAGUAAGCAGACAUUUAUUGUCAAGUUUAAAUGGCAGUCGGUCACUCUGUUUUUACUCUGUUUUUCAUCUAUUUUAGUGUCAAUCUGAGGAAAAGUUAAAAUAUUUUGGGGAUGACUUCCUCAUUUAUUAAACCACCUGCCUUGUGUGAUCUAGCAGUUAUUGCUACUGAACAGUGAAAAAAAAAAGCAGUGGCACAACGCUGCCAUUGCCAUGAUUGACAGAUGCUACAGUAUUUUUAUGUUUGAAAUGCCCUACUUAACUUUUUAAAGCAUCCCUACUGUCAGCAUGACAUCAUAGCUUCAUCUUUUUGUCAUCUGCACAAGCAAUUUGUCUUUGAAAGGCUGCUGAGAAACUAAUUUCAAGAGAAGCCGGCUCAUCUAUGUUGUAAAACUGAGAAAGAAUAUGACAAUAUAAGAAACACAAAAUCAAUACAUCUAAGACGGCAGCAUAACAAAGUAAAAAGCCAAACUAAAAUUAAAAUUUUAAAUUUCAGGGUCUCUUUCUAUUAGAAAAAAUGCAGCUUUCAAGCACAUCUCCAUUUUCCUUUUGUUUAUUUCCCAUGUUAAAAGUUUAAGAUAUCAAUUUUGUUUGUCAGAAAUAACUUAAUAUUUUCAUAAGAAAAUGUUAAACAUACAAACAUCAGUGUACAUAGAAAUCACCCUUUGGACUGUUUAGGAGCAACAUGCUGAGAACAGUAAACAGGCAAAAGUGAGAAACAAGAGUCAUUUAUAAGAAAAAUGUAGAAAGAAGUAUUUUAAAAUGUGAUGUCUUGCGUACAAAUGGGAUUCUAUUUUUUUCUGCUAUUACGCCUAAAUUAGUUUGUAUUCUAGAAAGUAUUACUAAGCCUAUUUGAGAAAGCCGUUGUUUUUCUGCACUGAAAAUAGAUACGUCAUUCUAAAUGGACUUCAAAACACUGACUCAGAAUCUUCCAGGUGGUUUUGCAGUUGUUCCUGAACAUGGAAGCCGUUUUCAUCUCAUUUGAGACAGUUUGGGUCUUUCAACCUGACCUUGGCAGACUGGUGGCAAAUAAUAACAACUGGUAGCUGCUUAAAGUAAUAAUUGUUGUUUAGAAACUAGCAUUACUUAUCAAAAGACUGAAAUCAAUGGACUGUCAUAAACUAAAAUAUUACUGAAAAGUCUAUUUUUCAGACCUGGACUAAAUUGUUGGCAACCACUGCUAAAGACAGAAAACCCCAAAAUGGUCAUUGGAAUAACUUGAAGCUGACAAAAGAAAUGCAUUAAAAAAAUUACUAAAACCUGACCAAUGAAAAUUAGACAUUGCUUUUAAAAUCUGGUUCCACAGAAUCAUAAAAAACAGCAAACAAUGAAACAGACCUGGACAAAAUGACAGUACCACUAGAAAAGAUAGAAAAUAAUGUUCAAGCUUUUUGCGAGGCACAUCAGCUCCAUCACACCAAUAAAAAUAAAGAUUAAUACAGAAAAGUGGGACUAACCUCCUCACAGGUUAGCAUUUUGCCCACACAAUUCCCCUUCUUUAAAACCACUGCAGCUGUAAGUUGUGUCAUCAUUCCACCCUUGAAAAUUGAAUCCCCCAAAUAAACCAUCAAAAUCUGCAAAUUAUUACGAUGACAAGUGUGUGCAAACACAUGACCACAGCUGCACUCCAACCAGAGUCUGGGAGAUUUAAAACAUCAGAUGACAUGGUUCUGGAUGGGUGGCCAAACAGCAGUAAUAUUUCAAUAUGCUGAGACUGAGUAGGUAGCUCUUAUGAGAGAGAGAGUAUAAUGUGCCAAAUCAGCCGAUGGGGUAGUAGAGCCCUACUGUGUAUUAACUUCUUCUCACCACUGUUUUUAUAUAGAGGAAUAAAAAUUAAAAAAAGAGGGUAAAAGAAUAUAUUAUAAUAUGUUGUUAUUAUUCAUUAUUCUUAUUCUCAUUACUAGUCUUCAUAUUAUCCCUACGAUCCUCAGCAUUAAUAUUUUAUUAUUUGAAUACGGCAUGGCGAUGUUGUGUAACCGUGUUUUUGGACUGUUUUGAAACUCUCAGCCGAGAAGUGCUUAAAAACAGAAACCAACACAACAGAAGAGACGUUCGUGUCCUCCUUUUCUACCGAGAGGAAUAUGCUCUGUCCUCUGAGCCAAAAAAAAAACACACACACACACACAAAAAAAA